AUGGCUGCCCAGGACGGCCAAAAGGCCGCAACCACUCGACCGCGGCAGUCUUGCCUCGGCUCAUCAGCCGCCCCACAGCCAGCGGGAGCUUCUUCGGGAGUUGUUUCGGCCGUCUCGGCUUCAUCAUCCGCAUCGCAGCCACCGAUAGGCACGCUGGCCGCCCAAAGAGCGGGACUGACCCAGGCCCUGGAAGAACUGGCCAGAGGAGAACGGACGGCCGACAAACUCGAGCUCGAACUCGGGGCAUUUGAGGCUAAGCUAGAUCAGUUGCUCGGCCUGUUGGGGGUCUCUGAAGAAGAUCUGGAAGACGAGGGUGGGGUCGAUGAUGGUGAUGAGCAGAUCGGGGUUAAUGGCGCCGGAGAUGCCAAUGACAAUGGCAAGCAGAGCACCGGCAAUACCAAUGGCACGAAGUAA